AUGAUUCUUCUCGCAGGAAAAUCUGGCUUGGCUUCAAAAGCUGUACGUUAUCAUGUACCAACGAAAAUAUUGUAUCGUACUGCUGCGUACACAAUCCAGCAUCACUGCCACGACUGUGUGGUCAUUGGAGCUGGAGGAGCAGGCCUCAGAGUUGCUGUUGGUCUCGCUGAAGCCAAAUUCAGUGUAGCUUUGGUGUCCAAGCUUUUUCCAACGCGGUCCCACACUUCCGCCGCACAGGGAGGCAUGAACGCUGCUCUUGGAAGUAUGCACCCAGACGAUUGGAAGUUUCAUUUUUAUGAUACCGUAAAAGGCUCAGAUUGGCUUGGUGAUCAGGAUUCAAUACAUUUUCUGACGCGAAAUGCUCAAUCAUGCGUUAUAGAGCUGGAGAACAUGGGCAUGCCAUUUUCAAGGACAGCGGAAGGAAAGAUAUACCAAAGACCUUUUGGAGGCGGGACUAUAAACUUUGGUAAAAGUGUGGCCAAAAGGACAUGUGCUUGUGCCGACCGCACUGGCCAUGCUUUGAUGCACACCCUUUACGGAUACUGCACGCGGUACGAGAAUAUUGACCCAUUCUAUGAGUUUUUUGUGUUGGAUCUCCUUGAACAAGAGGGAGAGAUAGUUGGAUGUUUCGCAAUGGAGAUGGAUAAUGGUAGUCUUCACAGUUUUCAAGCAAAGAAUACAAUAAUAGCAACUGGUGGCUACCCAAGGAUGUACUUCUCAUGUACUGCAGCCCACGCCUGUACUGGUGAUGGUACAGCAAUGGCUACCAGACUUGGAAUCCCACUUCAGGACAUGGAGUUCAUCCAAUUUCACCCAACUGGCAUGUACGGGUCCGGUUGCUUGAUAACUGAAGGUUCUCGUGGAGAAGGAGGAUAUUUAGUGAACAGUGAAGGCAAACGGUUCAUGGAAAAAUAUGCUCCGAAAGCCAAGGAUCUAGCUAGUCGUGAUGUGGUAUCCAGAUCAAUGGCCACAGAGAUCCGUCAAGGUCGUGGAGUUGGACCUAAGAAAGAUCACGUUUACCUGCAACUCCACCAUCUUCCCCCGGAGCUGAUAAAGGCAAAGUUACCCGGAAUCUCAGAGUCUGCGUUCACGUUCACAGGGGUUGAUUUGUUUACUCAACCUGUACCCGUUUUACCCACUGUGCAUUACACUAUUGGUGGUAUUCCGAUCAACUACAAGGGAGAGGUUAUUAUACACCAGGGGGGUCGAGAUUGUGCAAUUCCAGGACUGUUUGCUGCUGGUGAGGUGGUAAGUAAUGCACACGGAGCUAACAGACUGGGUGGUAAUUCCAUUCUCGACGUUGUGGUAUUCGGGAAAUCAGUCGCAUAUACCAUAUCGCAAAACUUUAAACCAGGUGACAAACAAAUGUGCUUGAGAGAUAAUGUGUGUGACUAUUCUCUGGCAAGACUUGAAACAGUUAGAAACGCGAACGGUUGCGCUCCACCUCAUGAACUGAGGGCAGCAAUGAGACAGACUAUGCAAAGCAAAUGUGGAGUGUUUAGAGAUUGCAAACUGUUGUGUGAAGCUGAUAAGGAAAUUCAAAAAUGGUACAAGGCUUUCGAAGUAAUCAAAGUGGUUGAUAAAAAUACGAACUGGAAUACAGAUCUGAUUGAAACUCUGGAGUUACAAAACAUGCUGCAGUGUGCGGUGCAGGUAGUGGCUAGUGCUAAAAACAGGACGGAGAGCAGAGGAGCGCACUUUAGAGAGGAUUGUCCUGAUCGAAUAGAUGAAUUUGAUUACAGUAAACCAACGGAGGGCCAGACUAUGAAGUCAUUCGAGAAUCAUUGGAGGAAGCAUACGUUGUCAACGAUAGACCUGUGCACAGGCGAAGUAAAUAUAACAUAUAGACCAGUUAUUGACAAGCCUAUUAAUGACGAAGUCAAGUGGGUUCCUCCUGUGCCUAGAGUCUACUAA